AAAUGCAGUACAUUCAGUCUAUUAACUCUAUAUAUAAACUAUAAUUCUUGAAAAACCCUCUUAAUCAUUUCUUAACAUUGUACUUUGAAAAUAUUUUUGCAAAAAAUUUUACAAAAUGUCUGGAGAAUUAGCUGUAUUGAGCGUAUCGAACAAAACUGGUCUGAUCGAUUUCGCUAAAAAACUUCAUCAAGCUGGAUUAAAAUUAGUGGCCAGUGGUGGCACAGCGAAAGCGAUUCGUGAUGCCAAUAUGGCCGUGACUGAUGUAUCGGCUAUUACUGGUGCACCAGAAAUGCUGGGUGGUCGUGUGAAAACAUUGCAUCCGGCUAUUCACGGUGGAAUUUUGGCACGAAAAAUUGCAUCGGACAUGCAAGAUAUGAAAAAACAAAACUAUCAAUAUAUAAGUGUUGUUGUAUGUAACUUGUAUCCAUUUGUUCAAACUAUUAGCCAGCAAGGAGUAUCAGUAGAAGAUGCUGUCGAACAAAUCGAUAUUGGUGGUGUAACAUUACUUCGAGCUGCUGCCAAAAAUUUUGCCCGCGUUGCUAUUGUAUGCGAUCCAGCUGAUUAUCAAAUUGUUGGCGACGAACUGAUAUCAAACGGUUCGAUUUCUGAAGAAACACGAAAAAGAUUGGCUGUAAAGGCUUUCAAUCAUACGGCCGAAUAUGAUGAGGCUAUUUCGAAUUAUUUCCGUAAACAAUUCAGCAAUGGUAUCUCACAGCUGAAUCUUCGUUAUGGUAUGAACCCACAUCAAAAACCAGCACAGAUUUACACGACCAGUGACCGGUUGCCAGUCACUGUUUUAAAUGGAGCACCAGGUUUUAUCAACCUUUGCGAUGCUUUUAAUGCCUACCAAUUGGUUCGAGAAUUAUAUCGAGCAUUGAAUAUGCCAGCAGCUGCAUCCUUUAAGCACGUUAGUCCUGCAGGAGCUGCAGUAGCCGUUCCUUUGAGCCCUGAACAUCUUAAAGUAUGCAUGGUCGACGAUAUGGCUGCUGAUUUGACGCCGAUAGCCACCGCUUAUGCUCGGGCCCGUGGUGCUGAUCGUAUGUCAUCAUUUGGUGAUUUUGCUGCUUUAUCACACAAAUGCGAUGUAGCUACGGCACGAAUAAUCUCGAGAGAAGUGUCUGAUGGUAUCGUCGCACCAGAUUAUGAUGAACAAGCAUUCGAAAUUCUAAAGAAAAAGAAAAAUGGUAACUAUUGUAUUCUAAAAAUGGAUCCCAAUUAUGAACCGAAUCCGAUCGAAACGAGAACCUUGUUCGGCAUUCAUAUGGAACAAAAACGAAACGAUGCAGUCAUUGAUGAAAAUAUGUUCAGUAAUGACAAAAUUAUUGUUAAAUCGGGAGAGAUGACUAAAGAAGCAAUGCGUGACCUUAUCGUUGCUACGAUUGCUGUUAAAUACACUCAAUCUAACUCCGUCUGUUAUGCUCGUGAUGGUCAAGUUAUUGGUAUUGGAGCCGGUCAACAAUCACGAAUUCAUUGUACACGAUUAGCAGGAGAUAAAGCAGAAAAUUGGUGGCUCCGACAACAUCCAAAAAUCAUGAGUGCUCAAUUCAAAAAGUCGGUAAAACGAGCCGAAAUUUCCAAUCUUAUUGAUGCCUAUGUACUUGGUGUUGUUGGUACCGAAAUGGAUCAACAAACAUUCAACAAUGCAUUCGAAAAUCCACCAUCAUUAUUGACUGAGGCUGAACGCAAAGAAUGGAUUGGCAAAAUGAAUAACGUAGCCAUAAGUUCAGAUGCUUUUUUCCCUUUCCGUGACAAUAUUGAUCGUGCUCAUCAAUCCGGUGUCAAAUAUAUAGCCAGUCCGGGUGGCUCAGUUGGUGAUCAGUCUGUAAUAGAAGCUUGUAAAGAACAUAAUCUGACAUUGAUACACACUAACACUCGACUAUUUCAUCAUUAAUUUUUUUAAUUAGAAAAAAUUAUAAAGAAUAAAAUAUAUAAUAAAAAAAA